AUGUCCCGCCCCCUCCAAGCCGCCCUCAGAGCCCACCUCGCCCCCGUCGCAGGCCCCUCCACCCCCCGCCACUUCGCCACCUCCCAGCCCGCCGCCGUCUCUCAGCGCAAGCUUGUCGCAAAGCGCAGAAAGGCAGCCAACAUUGCCCUCCAGGCAUCAAAGGUCCGCAAGCCAGAGAACAUCGACCCCGUCUUGGGCAAGGUUUACUACAAGAACACGCCCGUCACAAACCCGUGGGAAGGAUGCCGGUUACAACGGAUCCUUUUGGACUACAACUCGAUUGCCUACUCUAUGCCCCCCGACUAUGCCAGCGGUGAACGGCCAGAUCUGUUGCUGCCGGGCGUGAGCAAGGAGGAUGCCGACCUGCUGUUCAGCGCUGUCCCCCAUGCGAGCUCGGAGCUGCGGUUUGCGGCCGGUAGUGGCAGCCCGGCGACCGAGCGGGAGCAGACGCAGCAGAGCGAGACUUUGAUGCGUAUACUCGACCUGAGGAAUGCUGCCAGGGAGGACGUCAAUGCGUGGAACAAGAGGCGGAUCGUGGACGAGUUUGGCGCUGGUACCGACACUGGCAGCAGCUCGGUACAGGCUGCUCUCCUGACCGCCAAAAUUCACAAUCUUCUCGCGCAUAUCGAAAACAACAGCAGAGAUACCUCCAACAAGCGCUCCCUUCGAUUGCUGGUGCAAGAGCGUGCGCGACACCUCAAGUAUCUGAAACGGAAGCAGGGUCAAGAGGUAUAUGAAAAGCUGUUGGAAGAUCUGGGGCUCGACAAGGAGGCCGUCGAGGGAGAACUGUUUAUCGGGUUUUAA